GAAGGAAGCGACGGGGGGCUAGACAGACGGAGGGAGACGGCUACUCCCUCCGCUGCUGUGGUCUGGUCUGUGGUCUGUGGAAGAGGAAGAUAUACAGGAAGAGACUCCUACUCCUAGAUAGAUAUCGAUAGAGAUAAAAUCCCCCACCCCACCCACCUUGCGCUUUCUGCUCCGCCCGCAAUUUCGCCGUCGCCGUCGUCGUCCUCCUCCCCGGCCGCUUCCCUUCAUCCAGGUUCCCCCAUGGCGGACUCCGGCGCUCGCAGGCAGCCUAGCUUCACCAAGGUCGACCAGCUCCGCCCUGGGACCCAUGGCCACAACCUUCUCCUCAAGGUCGUCGACUCCAAGAUGGUCCUUCAGAGGGGCGGAGGCCCUCAGGGCAGGCACAUGCGGAUUGCCGAGUGCCUCGUCGGCGAUGAAACCGGCAUUAUUGUCUUCACCGCAAGGAACGACCAGGUGGAUGUAAUGAAGGCUGGGGCUAGUGUUGACCUGAGGAAUGCCAAGAUUGAUAUGUUCAAGGGGUCGAUGCGGCUUGCGGUGGACAAGUGGGGGAUUGUGAAAGCUGCUGAAAGCCCAGCUGAUUUCACAGUGAAGGAGGAUAACAACAUGUCCUUGAUCGAGUUUGAGCUGGUGACAGUGGUGGAGUGAGAGCCUUUUUUGGUGUAGGAGGACGGUAUGUGGUAGAACCAAUUCAUCUUAACCAAGCAAUAAGUGGAAUCAUGGUUGAUGGGUUUUUGUUUAUGUAUUUGGAGAUCCGGAGGUUGAGUAGUGUCAUCUUUAAUUAAUUAAUUAUCCGACAAUUGUUGAGAAUAGUCUCCUGUAGUAGUCCUCUGUUGGACCUGUUAUGAUGAUGCAUCAUCGAGUUGCUUAUUGCCGUACUAUAUAUGUAUGCUACUGGUGGUGUUUUGCAUGGGCACUACAAGAGAGAGUGCUGUGCUUACUGGCGAUGGCGAUGAUAAUAAUCAACUGAAGCAGCAAUGGUGAUGUGCUGUGCACUA